AUGGGGGGUCUCAAAUCUCGCCUGAAGCGAUUUGUUGGGGGUACUUCAGCAGAGCACAAGACCUCGAGCAUCAUUGGAAAUGGCGACACAACUGGAAGUUUUGUCAUUGAGAACAACAAAGAGAAUGACACCACGAAAUUGGAUAUAACGGACAAAGUAGUCCAGUUGUCCCUAGCAGACACUUCAAGCUCGUCUCCUGGUCCUACGGAAAAUUCCGGAGCUGAAAAUACCCAAGUUGCAAUCCACAGCCCAGCCCAAGGGUCUGUUUCCCUUUGGGAUAUUGCAUAUGAUUCUCUGCGAGAGGACCGACGAGACUUAAUCGUUGCGUACGAGGAUAUUUUGUCACGGGCGUUCAUGACAGGUAGGCCCCAACAAACUUCCAACCAGCUUAUCAAACUGGCUGAUGAUGAAUAUAAAGUGGAAAAAGAUGCACCAUCAAUUGCAGAUGCCAACCAUUUGGAAAACCAAAUCCCCCAGCACGACGCGAUCGCACGACGAGAGAUGCUGAAGAAGAUCACCGAACUCGGUCUCAAGCAUAUGAAAGACAAAGAAGUCACCGUCACAGUAUUCGGGCUUGAUAUUGGUCUAAAGGACACCUUGGUCAGCGUCGCAGGCGCCGUUGAAUGGGCUGAAGACUAUGUCAAAGCCGCAGUCAAAGAUUUGCCAUAUGCUUCCGUUGUCAUGGCAGGUGUCUCGCUCAUUCUUCCCCUGUUGAAAAACCCGGUUGCUAUCGAGGCUGCCAACCGAGAAGGCUUUACCUACAUCACAUCGCAAAUGCGCUGCUACGUUGAAAUGGAAUCGCUUCGACUCCCCGCGGAUAUGGCAGCUGGGUUGAAAAGUUCUCUUACAGAUGGUGUCACUGGUCUGUACAAGCUUAUAAUAGAGUUCCAGGUGGAAAGUGUGAUCAGAUUCUACCGCAGUCGGACCAAGAAUUACUUCCGGGACACGGUCAAUUACGAUGACUGGAGUCAGAAGCUGUCUCAAAUUAAGGAAACUGAAACCUCACUUGACAAGUUGUUCGAGAGGGUUAUAUCGGGCGAGAGUUUGCAACAACUGAAGAACCUCGCCCGCGAAGCCAAAGACUCGCGGAAAAGCCUGGAUGAUAUGCUUCGCAAGUUCGAUGAACUGAUUGACAUUUCUCGAGACCAAAAAACAAUCAUGGAGAAGAAUGAACAGCGCUUGUCUCAUGAAGAUAACCGGCGCUGCCAAGAGGCUUUGCAAGCAACGGAUCCUGUCCUAGACAAGGAGCGUAUCCUGUUGAAAAAGGACCGGCUCCUCAGGGACUCGUAUUGCUGGGUGCUGGAGAACAACGAAUUUCAGGAAUGGCGCAAUGAUGUAGCUGGUCAACUGCUGUGGCUCACAGGUGAUCCUGGCAAAGGCAAAACUAUGUUAAUUUGCGGUAUAAUUGACGAGCUUUCGAAGCCACACGAGACAGCCCAAGACGGGAAUAUCUGCUACUUCUUUUGUCAAGCCACCGAUGAUCGGAUCAACAGUGCGGUAGCUGUUCUGCGAGGUCUUAUCUACAUGCUUGUGAGGGAACAACCUUUGCUCAUGAAGCACCUGCGUGAAAGCUGUAACGACAAGAGCGCCCGGCAUUUUGAAGGACCAAACGCAUGGGUGGCAUUAUCCAAAGUCUUUAUCGAUAUGCUUGAAGACUCAGAGCUACAGAAUACAUAUUUGAUCGUGGAUGCGCUAGAUGAGUGCCGUGCCGACCUUGACCUCCUUCUCCAAUUUAUGGUCGAAAAAUCAUCAGCGUACUCAAAAGUCAAGUGGAUUACCUCGAGUCGCAACUGGCCAAACAUCGAAAAGGGCCUCAAGUCAACACAGAAACGCAGGCUUUGUAUCGAGCUAAAUGAGGAGUCAGUCUCCGGGGCGGUGGACUCGUACAUCCAGAGCAAAAUCAACUGGCUAGCACAGCGGAACGAAUACGACGAAGAGACACGAGAGGCUGUUCAGCAGUACUUGUUGGCAAAUGCAAACGGAACCUUUCUCUGGGUGGCGUUGGUCUGCAAAGAACUUGCCAAUAUAUCGGGGUGGGAAGCUGAAGAACUCCUCACUGUCUUUCCACCUGGCCUUGAUGAUCUCUAUGAGCGCAUGCUGGGGCAAAUCCGAAGUUCAAGACAUGCUACUCUGUGUAGAAGUAUAUUGGCCGUUAUCUUGUUUGUGCACCGGCCAAUUACACUAGACGAAUUGACAUCUCUAGUGGAAAUGCCGCCUCGGGUCUCGGGGAAUUUAAAGGCUCUGGAGGAGAUCGUGGGUCUCUGUGGCUCUUUCCUGACUCUCCAAAAACACACAGUAUCCUUUGUCCAUCAAUCAGCAAAAGACUUUUUGCUUGACAAAGCAUCCGCCGACAUCUUCCCCGACGGGGACGAGGAUCUACACUAUAAAAUAUUCUUGAGGUCACUUCAGACAAUGGCAAAUACCUUGCGGCGAGAUAUCUAUGCAUUGGGAACCCCGGGGUAUUGCAUCGAGGAACUCAGUCAGCCGGAUCCCGAUCCACUAGCCCCAGCACGUUACGCAUGUGUUUUUUGGGUGGAUCACUUGCAAGACUGUGGCCCCAAGAAGAGAGCGAAGGACGACUUGCAUGAGGGUGGUAUAGUCGAUAGGUUUUUGAAACGGGACUUCCUUCAUUGGCUUGAAAGUCUUUGCCUUCUCGAGGCUCUCCCGGAGGGAGUCGUGUCGAUGUUAAGUCUUGAGGCUUUGGUCCAGGUUAGUGCCCGGAGGUUAAGUUAA